AUGAACUGGGGAGAUAGCAUUAUAACCCCGAAGGGAAAUGCACUCAGCAGGGAACUGUCUAACACCAGCUUAAUCUGUCUUAACAACGGUACAAAAACGCAUUACUGUAGUAACAGUAACAGCAACGCUGGAUCGGUUCUAGACUUGACCUUCUCAACCAUAGCACCCAGCAAUAUUAACUGGCAGUGCCAACAGGUUAGUAUUGGUGGAAGCAGGCAUUAUCUUAUUAUAAUUGAAAUCAAGCAAAUUCAAAAAUUACCCAACUUCUUUGUUCCAAAACGCAAAUUUAUAGAAAAACUAGCCACAGUGGAGUUUAGCAAUUUGGAUAAUCUGCAAAAGGACAUUCAAGCAGCUAGAAAUAAAGUAAAGAUUGACCUAAACAAAUCAGGACACAAACCAAAAGCGUGGUGGAACGAGGAGAUAAACAAAUUGUACAGGUUACAACUAGCGAAAAGGAAAAAAGCGAAUACUACAAAUGCAGUGGUGGACUUCGAAAUAGCCUUGAGAGCAAAAGAAGAAUGGAAACAAGCUGUAAAGGAGGCUAAAAACAAGAAUUACAAGGAGAGGAUUGAAGAGCUAAACAAUUGUCCAAACACCAAAGACGCAUGGCGUUUCAUCAGCAAUGUUAAAGGCAACAAACACAAAAACGGUGAUUGGGCCACAGAAGACAAUUUAGAAUACCUGGAAAUGCUAAAGUCGCAAGUAACAGCCGCAACAAUACAAGCAACGCAACCAGGUACAACGCUAUGAGAACGAAGUUUAAACUCUUUGACACGUACAAGACCAUAAAUGAAAUUAUCACCACUAAAAAACCUGAGCUUUUUAAAGAGCUAAUAAACUUUUUGCGAGAAACCAAACUAGAUGGAGCACUCUAGGCCAUAGCACACCAACACCUCCACCCAUAUUCGGCACAGCAAGGAGCAUCAAAGGAAGAACCUCUGAGAUAGCGGGAGACUUCAAGAAUCAACGGAUUACCUCAAUACUCUUGUAUAACCUGGCAUAUACAUUACAGUAUUACUGCCAACAAUCUUGGACUACAGGGUCCAUAAAGCCACGAAAAAAAAAAAAA